AUGAGCGACUCGGAGGAUGAGGAGAUCUUUGAGAGUCUAAUAGCGACAAGGGCAAGGCGUGCCAAUGCCGGGUCAAGGUUGAAGCAGUUGAUAGAGUUGGAGGAACAGGCUCCUGAAACACAAGCAUCUGCGAGCCGGCUCAUUUCAGAAGAUGACGAGAACGUGAACUUAUUGUUCCAAGAAGACGGAGACGACCAGGAUUUUAUUGACGAAGAUGUAGAAAAUGCGAACCUAGACGGGUUGGAUGAGGAAGAGGGAGAAGAGGACGAAGAAGAAGUUGACCAGGGCGAUGGCGGCGAGGAAGAUACCAAGGGAAACUCGGAUGAACAGCUCUCCGACUCUGACCUCUCCGCGUCGGAUUCAGAUGAAAGCGAAGGUGAAAAAGAGCUUCAAAAGCAAGAGAAGAUUCUGAAACGGCGAAGGAAAACCGUUAUCCCAACCAUCAAAAAGACUGCAGAAAAGUCUCCGGCCAAGAAAAAGAGAAAGAUUGAGUUGGUGACGUCUGAGUCGCUACUUUUAUCAAACCGACGGUCAUCUUCGCGAGCCUCGGCUUUGGAAAGUAAGCAGGCCCUCAUUGACAGAUUGAAAGAAAGCGAAAAGAGAAAAGAGAAAUACGUGCACGUUGAGCGCAAGAAAGAGAAGGCCCUCACGCAAGAAGAGCGGUUGGCGCAGGCUGUAGAGACAGAAAAGGAAAAUAUCGAGUCCCUCAACCGGUUUAAGGAACAAGAGAUUGUCAAGAAGGAAAGGCAACGGCUAUCGCUCUUGUCGAAACGAGUCAAAUUGCAAAAUGUCCUCCGCUUCACUACUAGAGCAGAGUUUGUGACUCCGAUGGAAGAAGUUGCUGAAGCUCGCCAUCAAUAUGAGCUCUAUAUGAGGAAAAGAAAGAGGCUAGGGAAGAAGAAGAAAGGGCUGUUUGUCGACGAACUGAUGCAUUUGCAGAUGCCUUUCUCUAUAGACUAUGAUUCUCCUUAUCAAAAGGCAUUGGCGAGGGAAAGAGACGAGAAGAUGAAGAAAGAGUUGGACAAGUUGGAAAUCAUGAAUACAACAUUGAUGGAGAAGUUGAUUGACAAGGCGGAGGAAACGUCUGAACUCUGUGAAAAUUCGGCAGCAAAUAGCGGGGAAAAACAGAUGGCCCCGGAAGAAAUGAAUGCACAGGAACUGCAUGCCAAUGAAGAUGGUAAUUACGACGAUAAGGAGAAGGAGAAGGAUGAGCAGAAGGUGGUGGGAGAGGAGCAGGUUGGUGAACUUUGCAACCCGCCUUCUGUGCAAGCAGUACCACCCAGCAAUGAGAAUGCAGACCCACAUGAUGAGUUGGCUGCAGUACAGAGCAAAGAACAGACGGUGUCUGACAUUAUGCAAGACCUGAAAAGCGAGAAGAAGAAGAAAGUUGAGACUAUCUCAGAGGAUGUUGUGGACAAACACCAGCAAGAUAAAGAGCUUUCUGAAGUGCAAAACAGUAAUUCCAAAGAAGGAGAAGUAGAAUUGGCAGACCUGCUAGGGCCCGAAGAAGUUCCAACGGAAGAUUUUGUUGACACUCCUCUGGGGAAUCCUUCUGAAACGGUGGACCAAGUAGUGAAAAUCGAGGAUGCUGCGGUAGUGCCUCCGACAGAUGACAACUUGGAACUUGUUUCCGGCCGUGUUCAAACCUCCAGUUUAAGAGACAAGCAAGGGAGUAUGGAGGUUUCUUCCACGGAGUCUACACCGGCACCUUCCAAACGCGUCAAGUUUGUAGAUGAAGUGACUGACACUUUGUCGACAGAGAAUACCCCACAUCCUGAAGAAGCAUCGAAAAAAGAAGACAAUUCACCAAGCAAUGAUCAGGUGGAUUCAAUUGUCACUAACACCGCCGCCAGAUCUGACGCUCCACAAACAGAGAAUACAUCACCACCAUCACCAGCACCAGCACCAGCAGCACCAGUUGAGGUGCCUAAGCCAAUAAGCCCACCUCCGCAAGACGUCGAGAUAUUCGAAGGGCCCUUGCAAAAAAUUGCACGAAACUUGAUCACCUUGGUAGACUUUAACGAAGAAAAAAGAGAUCUUAGAUUGACACCGUCCAACAUCAAGACUAUAUUCUUUGGUAAACAAUCCCUACUACCGGCAUCACGAAGGUCGAACGAUGUCAAGACUAUUUUAACCAUCGGAAAGAAAGAAAACCCUUAUGCGACACCCGAAGCCGAAGUGAACGAUGCCGAUUGGAUAUUCACGCCGGCUUCCCGCAUCACCGAGGACGAUCCCAUGUUUGACGAGUUGAAAAAAUUGCCUCGACUAGGAGUCAAUCAAGACAUUGUGGAGAUUGAAGAAGACACGGAAGUAAAAGACUCGGCUCAAGUUGUCAUCCACACGGAGGCACCAACCGGGUUGUACCUCCCUAAUGGGAACAAGAAAGCAUGUAUGAUCACGGGGACAGAGGUGAAAUAUUUCGAUCCUUCAACGGGUAUACCUUACAGCUCAGUCGAGGCUUACAAGACCUUGAAGUUGAUAGAGCAAGGACAAGCGCAAUGGUUGAGCUUAGAUGCAGAUGCCAAUGACACUGGUGCCUUUGAUCUUUACUUGGGCUUUAAGGGAGAGAGUGCCAGGCAUGCCAAGGGCGUUCCAGAAGGCUUUGACGGCUAG